AUGGGUUUCGCAUCCGACUGGCUGGAAGCGGCGUUCGGACGCUGGACACAGCGAAGUGCGGCGGCCCGUGGCGCCACACGGCGUCUACUUUGUGUCCACGGCUUCGGCGCCUUCGUCAGGGCGCUAGCGCACGCUCCUGAUCCUGUGGCGGCCAAAUGUGCCAUUUUGGCGCUUUGUACCCUCCUUGUUCACAUAUUCAUACUGCUUCGACCACAACGGAUACGAUGGGCUCAAUUGUGCACGGCCUUUUUACUGGUCGUCGACUGCCUCACAUCCAAACCUGGUCACGAUGCGCUGUUUCCAGCUAUUCUGGCAACAUUCGCUAUUUACACAUUACUGACACUACCGUUUUAUCUGAUUCUCGGCGGGACCAUCAUCCUGUCUGUGUUUCAAACGUGCAUUUUUGUACUGUUUGUGCAGCCGCUUAGGACGAAUGAGCUUUUGGCCACGGUUGUCGUACAUGUGUGGUGCCACUUUCUUGGUCUCUAUCUUCAUUUGUCAGUGGAUCGACUCACUCGUUCCGCUUUUCUCAGCGGUAGAAAUGCCGUGGAAGCAGAGCACGCCGCAGAACAUCAGAGCAAUCGAUUGGUCAGUGGAUUUAAUUCAAUAUUUAGUAGUUUUUGUUUCAUAAUUAAUCGCCUUCUUGCUGCUUUCCUGCCUCAGCACCUCAUCACCGCAGCUCGACUUCAAAUAGCCACCAGCAAUCCUCACAUCUAUGCUGAACACUAUCCACAGGUUACGGUAGCAUACGGUCGUUUGAUCGGUUUUGAAGCUGUCCUGUCCCAGUGUUCCUCAUUAGAUGCAGCACGAGUUCUAAAGGAAUUUGAUUUACGUAUUGAUCGGUUAUGUGAUUUAAAUGGUUGCACAAAGGUUGCUUCAGAGGGCAUAACGGUCAAGACUACCCACACACGAUCCUUGCCAUGCGUUGAAUGUGCUCAUUUCGUGAUGCUACCACAGCCGAUGUAG